AGGAGGAAGGAAUAUGGAGACAGUGUUGUGUUUGCGCGGAGGUCUGAGCCCACAGGGAGCGCGAGACGGCCUGCGGCCGGAGCGCGCCCUUGCGGCCCUCCCCGCCGCGCGCCUUAGUCCAGUCCCAAGAUGGCGGCCACCAUGAAGAAGGCGGCUGCAGAAGAUGUCAACGUUACUUUUGAAGAUCAGCAAAAGAUAAACAAAUUUGCACGGAAUACAAGUAGAAUCACAGAGCUGAAGGAGGAAAUAGAAGUAAAAAAGAAACAACUCCAGAAUUUAGAAGAUGCUUGUGAGGACAUCAUGCUUGCAGAUGAUGAUUGCUUAAUGAUACCUUAUCAAAUCGGUGAUGUUUUCAUUAGCCAUUCUCAAGAAGAAACACAGGAAAUGUUAGAAGAAGCAAAGAAAAAUUUGCAAGAAGAAAUCGACGCUUUAGAAGCCAGAGUGGAAUCAAUUCAGCGAGUGUUAGCGGAUCUGAAAGUUCAGUUAUAUGCAAAAUUCGGGAGCAACAUAAACCUCGAAGCUGAUGACAGUUAAACAUUUUAUAAUACUUUUUUUAAUUUGUUUAAUAAACUUGAAUAUUGUUUAAAAUGAUAAUUUCCCUUCUUCAAAUGAUAUGGAAAGCAAAAGUUUCUUUUUUUAAAAUUUUCAUUUAUUUAAUGAAACUUGCCUAUUUUCACAUGUCUUGCUUAUUUAUUUUAUAUUUUUAAAAGAAGACAGUAUUCAUCUAUGUAUUUUGCAUAACGAUUCUAUCAAGUGUAGGGGCUUUAUGUCAUGUUAUUAAAAUCGGUUAAGCAAC